CCCCCGCGGCUGCAGCGCGCGCGGUAGCCGGGAGGGGGCGCCAGCGGUGAUGCGCGCUCUCCGGGCGACGCGGGGGAUUCAAGCGCGAUAUAAGGCGCGGAGCCGGAGGGCGAGUCCCAGACGCAGCGCUCGGAGGAGAGAGGGACCCGCCGCCCGCAUGGCCCCCGCCUGUUGCCCUGCCGGAGCCCUGAUGCUCGCGUACGCGGGCCUGCUGGCCGCCGCCGCGGGCCUCGUCUCCCCGGAGCCCGGCGCACCCUCGGGGAGCCGCGCCCGCGAGGAGCCGCCGCCCGGGAACGAGCUGCCCGCGGGGUCGGCCGCCCGCCCGCAGGAGCCCACCGUGGGGCAGGUGCACGGCAUCCAUCCCCGAGAUGCCUGGAUGCUCUUCGUUAGGCAAAGUGACAAGGGUGUCAACAGCAAGAAGGGGAGCAGGGGCCCGGCCAAGAGGUUGAAGCUCGGCCUGCCAGGGCCCCCAGGGCCCCCUGGACCCCAGGGCCCCCCGGGCCCCAUCACCCCACCUGAGGUCCUGCUAAAAGAGUUCCAGGUGCUGCUGAAAGGUGCGGUGCGCACACGCGAGUGCGCGGAGCCUGAGCCCCGCCCGCGCGGCCCCGCAGCGGUGCCGGCCGUCCCCGCGGAGGAGGAGGAGGAGGACGAGGAGGAGGCGGCGGCGGCGGCGGGGGGAGCGGACGUGCUGGCGCUGCGGGCUGCGCCCCUGGCCCCGGGCCCGCGGGCGCCGCGCGUCGAGGCCGCCUUCCACUGCCGCCUGCGCCGGGACGCGUCGGUGGAGCGGCGCGCGCUGCACGAGCUCGGCGUCUACUACGUGCCCGACGCCGAGGGCGCCUUCCGCCGCGGCCCGGGUCUGAACCUGACCAGUGGCCAGUACACCGCGCCCGUCGCCGGCUUCUACGCGCUCGCCGCCACUCUGCACGUGGCGCUGGCCGAGCAGACGAGACGGGCGCCGCCGCGCCCCCGGGACCGCCUGCGCCUGCUCAUCUGCAUCCAGUCCCGGUGCCAGCACCACGCCUCCCUGGAGGCUGUCAUGGGGCUGGAGAACAGCAGCGAGUUCUUCACCGUCUCGGUCAAUGGCGUGCUGUAUCUGCAGGCGGGGCAGUACACCUCCGUCUUCCUGGACAAUGCCAGCAGCUCCUCCCUCACGGUGCGCGGUGGCUCCCGCUUCAGUGCUGUCCUCCUCGGUGUAUGACCGGCCACCCCAGGCCCUCCCUCUCACCGGGCAAGUGGAGCAGGAGUGCGAACAAUCUCGGGGCCGUGGCGCAGGCCACACGCAGGAGGGAGCCCGCCAAC